AUGGUGACGACCCCCUCGGAUGAAAAUAAUCCCGCAAGCUCAGCCGUUCAGGCGGCCAAUUUUGAUAUGCAGCUUCGUUGUGCCGUCACGGAACUUAAUCCAAAUUACGACUUCAUUACUGCCAAAUAUCCAGAACAGCAGCUGAGGGAGAUUCCGAGAAAUAAACUAAAAUUGAUACGACUACUUGGGCAAGGCGCCUUUGGAGAAGUUUACGAAGGGACAUUGAAAAACAUGUGUGCUAACGUCAGUGAAUUAUCAGUUGCAGUGAAAACGCUGCCAGCAUUAAGUACCCAACAGGAGGAAACAUAUUUUAUGAUGGAAGCUGUGAUAAUAAGCAAGUUUAUGCACAAGAACGUUGUAAAGUGCCUAGGGGUUUGCUUUGAGGAAUACCCUAGGUACUUCAUUCUAGAACUCCUAGAAGGGGGCAAUCUUAAAACAUUCCUCAGGGACUCUAGGCCAAAAUCGGACCAACAUUACUCCCUGAGUAUGAAGGAACUCGUCCAUCUUUCUUUAGACGUCGCAAACGGAUGUCGCCAUCUAGAAGAAAAACACUUCGUUCACAGAGACAUAGCGGCAAGAAACUGCUUGUUAACAACACGUGGAGAAGGUCGUAUUGCAAAAAUAGCAGACUUCGGGAUGUCUAGAGAUAUCUACAGUGCCGACUACUAUCGAAAAGGUGGAAAGACAAUGCUUCCGAUAAAAUGGAUGCCUCCCGAGGCGUUUCUGGAUGGCGUUUUCACCACAAAAACUGAUGUUUUGUCAUUCGGUGUUUUGCUGUGGGAGAUGUUUACGUUGGGAUACAUGCCAUAUCCUGGGCAAAGGAACAGCGAUGUCAUGCGUUUUGUAUCGUCUGGUGGCCGCCUUAAUCCACCAGAGAAAUGCCCAGCUCGACUAAACAAGAUCAUGAUUCUCUGUUGGAACUCUAUAGCCGAUAUUCGACCGACGUUUUCAAAAAUAAUUGAGCUUUUGGAUAUGUGCCUUCAGAAUGACGAGGUGCUGAACGCUCCUGUGGGACUCUGUCACUUUGCAAUGGCGGAAAGUUUCAAGAACGCUUCAACGUUGGCCAAGUCGUCUUCAUACGAUGCAGACAAUCAAGAGAGCGAUAAUACGCUUCAUUCUCCUACCCCGUCAUCAGCUGCUGAGUUCAGGCCUCAUUUUGAAUCGCAAAGUCUAGAACCGUUGUCACUGGCUUCUCCAGACCACCAAUGCCAUCAAAACAAUGACCUACAGCUUGGGAGAGAGAGAAGGGAGAACAAGCCAUGGGUGACGACCGAAAUCAUGGACUUAUGUGACAAAAGAAGAGAGCCAAGGCACGAAAGAUACACCAGCCUGUCCUCUAAUAAAUAUUACAAGAAAAUAACAGGGUUAAGAAAGAAGAUGAAAGAGGCCAAUGAGCAAAGGAUUGAAGAACAAUGUAUCAUAAUCGACAAGAAGAUGAACGCAAGAAGCAGUAAGAAGGCUUACAGCACCCUCAAGUCACUAACGAAGACAAAGUCCAGUGUUUUAUCAGACGCUUCGAGAAUUCCCUUACCAAAAGCGCCGCAGACAUAA